UUUUAUCAAGCUAAGCCAAGCGGUCUCUUAAAGAGCGAUAAAUCUGGAGAUAAGGCCGAAGCACAGGAUCAUUAGAAAAGGACCUCCGCUUCAUUACUACCCACUCUUGAGGAGCCAGCUCAUAUGUCUACCCAGGAAACUUGUUACACUUAAUCCGGGGCUGUAACUCACAAUUGAUUGUUCGUUAAUACCGAGUAGCUGGUUUGAUUUUCUCAUUUGUGUGAGAAAAUGAGUAGUUAUACGUUAUCAGCGACAUCAGCGGAGCAUCAAUUUGCGAACAAUUUUGACAAAGUUGCCGCAUAUCAGAACGCUCUACAGAAUAACAAGGCCAAUUUUUCAGUUAGCCACUUAUUAGAUUUAGAGGAAUUACCAAGUGAAAAUUGUGCUAUGUACGCGAACACAGAUCCUCAACCCGGUCUACCCACACAAGCAUGUACCCCAAACCUGAAUGGCACCCCGAAUGGGGGACUGACAGACCUGGGAGAGGACCCUCCCAGCCCACAGGACAGGAAUGGACAAAACCAACAGUCUAAGGAUUCACCACAGAGCAAUGACGAGGACAAAGAUGAUAAAGAUGGCAAACGACGACGAAAGCAACGACGGAACAGGACGACGUUCAACAGUACACAGCUGGCAGCCUUAGAACGAGUGUUUGAGAGAACACACUACCCCGAUGCCUUCGUUAGGGAGGAAUUGGCGAGAAGAGUUAAUCUCAGUGAAGCGCGAGUACAGGUAUGGUUCCAAAACAGAAGAGCAAAAUUUCGUCGAAACGAACGGAAUAUGAUGGCUCAAAGGGGGAACCUUUACGGCCGGCCGGAAAACACGCCAAUUGAGCAACCCAUUACGCCCCGCCCAUCAUCAAUGAACACUGACAACCUGUCAUGGUAUGCCCCACCCGCGUACAGUCCCUCCACAUCAUCAAACAGUUGUGCUCUGGCGAACCACUCCUACACCCCUCCUCCACCAAACAUCGGCUCCAGCAUUGCAUGUCUUCGGCUCAAGGCCCAAGAAUACAAUAACGUUAUGCAACAUAAUCCUUACGGACAUCAAAUGCAGCAAUGACUAGGCGGAGGGGGUGUUGGAGUGGGUGGGACUAACCUUGCGGGAGGGGCACUGGGAGGGGAAAAACAGACUUAUGGUAGCCCUUACGGGCAGUUUGGCCAAGAAAUUAAUCAUGGACUUCAAACGCAAGACAAUGAUAACUACACAAUUGCUCAGAUAUAACUGAUCAAGCAAAGUUACAUAAUAAGCUUCUAAAACCAUGUUGCAACGUGUUGGUGUUACCAUAAUCGUUGUCAAAAUAUUUGGAAGUCAUGAUGUUUGCUGCAAAAACAGCUUGGAUCUCAAUCUGACAAUUUCAUUAAAUACGACAAAGGAAGCUACUGGAAUUGUUGUAAAUUCCAUGGACUUCUACAUCGAUGCGUCAUUGAUAUUCCGGAAGUUUAUGAAAUAAUUUUGAUGAAAACUUCCGGUUGUGAUAUGCCAAGAAAUAUGAAAGGAAAGAGCUGAUCUGUUGACGUUUUGAAGUGGAACUUUUUACAAUUAGGCAAUAAAUGAAAAGUAUUGACAACCAAUAAGCCAAGUUAUGGAAAUUAAAUACGGGUGUUACUUUUACAAUGCAUAAUGUCACCCCAUUCAAGUGAAAGGAUUUAAGUUCUCAUUUAAAAUUCCAUCCAAAUUCCAGUAUCUUGGCAAUUUCAUAUGAUUAAAACUUUCUGAUAUUGUACUGAAAGGUUUGACAAAGCUAAAGAUGAUUAUCAUCAACCAUAAAAAACAUCACUGUCAUAUUAAACGACUUCAUCAUUUGUUUCUUGUACAGCACAGCCAACUAAAAGUUAAAUCAACGAACAAAAACGAAAAUACCGAAACCCUCAGCAACAUUCAAAAACCCUUGCAUCGCCAAAAAUAUCUGGCGGCGCAUGAUUCAGAACGAUUUUUGUGUCUAUACGCCGUCUUCCUAGAGUGUUAAAGACAUACUUGCCCAGAGAUUCUUGUGCUGAUAAUGUCACGUGAUGUAGAUCUGCAAGUGAAAGGUAUUCUUAGCAACACAGUAAUCAUCCCAGCUGAUUCCGUCUCAUUGACAUUAUCAUCGAAAAUAUCAUGCGCGAUAAAGAGGAGAAACUCCACGUUGACAGUAUCGAGAUCAUCUGUAGAGGUCAAAUGGAUCAAGUGUAAAUCACAGCAUAUAGUCAAGGAUAUUUAUCUUGAUAAAAACACAAUUUUAGCCUAAAUAAGCAGUUUGUAUAUAACUUAUUCAAAUAAGUUGUGCAAUAUUGAUACUACAUGUCUAUCUGUUUCAAAUUUGGUUAAUUCAUAUGGUAUUUAUGCCUGUGUAAUUUCACUAAAAUUAUUCUUACAUGAGCUGCUGUAAAAUAUAUGGAAAAUGGCACAGAUUUUGAAUUCAUAAGUUUGUCAUAUCUUCAGUGUGGUGUACACAGUUUUAAAUAGUAUCAGGGAUAUGACCAUAAGCAGAUUUAGAACAUGAAGCUUGUCGAAAAAAAACCACCGCACGUUUAUUGUUUUUCUCUGAUUUUGAAGACAUGUUAUUUAGACCGUUUAUUUAUUGAUAUUAUUUUCAUUUUUAAUCGCUGAAAGUGCUAAAUCUCUUCGAUACACUGUUUGGUGUUGUAUUCAUAAGUAAAAUGUGAAUAUGAGAGAAAGCAUGGAGAGCAAAUAAAAACUGAAAUCCUUGCUAAGUGCUAUUGGUGAAAUGGGGUACACGUAUCAUUACGUACGAGGAGGUAACAUUAUUGUAAAUAACAUUGAAUGGAAGUGAUUUGUGUCACCGCAAUAAUACUUGUUAUACUUUGAUUGUUGGGUAUUUCGGUCACCAUGUGUAUGUAUGAGGAUGAGUGUGUUACAAAUGUUUCUAAAGUGAAAAUGGACAUAUGAAUGUGUAUGUUUUUUAAAUGGUGCACAAGAAUAUUGUGUGAAAGCUGACGGAUAAAGUGUGGUCCCUAAAGGACAGUAUUAUCACUGUUGUAUACAUCUCCUUACUGUUGUAAAUGACUGUAAACUAUUUUCAUACGUUUAAUAUCGUUUAAUAUCUUUAUUGAUAUGCAUAAUUAUAAAAAUAAAUCUUUUUGAUAUAAA